GUUAUCGUGAGAGAAAAUCGGGUGGAGGUGAUAAAAAUCGCGCAAAACAAUACAAGAAGUGACUCAUAAAAUAACCUAAACAACGUGAAGUAGGUUACAGAACAAGGCGUAGCUGGAAACAGUGAUUCAAUUGUUUUUAGUGACUAGAUUUUUUAGCACAAAGUAAACAUCCAACAAGUAAUUUUUACAUUAUAUCGUAACAGGACAAAUAGAAUAAACCAAAACCAUGGCUAAAAAACCAGCGGUGCAAACAGCUUUACAUAAAGUUAUCAUGGUUGGAAGUGGUGGUGUGGGAAAAUCAGCCCUGACAUUGCAAUUCAUGUAUGAUGAGUUUGUCGAGAACUAUGAACCCACAAAGGCUGACUCGUACAGGAAGAAAGUGCUGCUUGAUGGAGAGGACGUUCAAAUUGAUAUUUUAGAUACUGCCGGGCAGGAGGACUAUGCCGCUAUCAGGGAUAAUUACUUCAGAAGUGGCGAAGGGUUUCUGUGUAUAUUCUCCAUAACAGAAGAUGAGAGUUUUCAAGCCACACAGGAAUUCAGAGAGCAAAUAUUGAGGGUUAAAAACGACGAAAAUAUACCGUUCUUAUUAGUAGGGAAUAAAAGUGAUCUUCAAGAUAAAAGAAAAGUUACAUUCCAAGAAGCCAGUGAUCGGGCUAACAAAUGGGGGGUUCCUUAUGUUGAAACAUCUGCUAAGACAAGAGAACACGUUGAUAAGGUGUUUUACGAUUUAAUGCGGGAAAUAAGGGCAAGAAAAAUGGAGGAAAACAAAACAAACAACGGCAGAGGGAAGGAUAAGAACAAGAAGAAAAAGCUUAAAUGUGUAAUUCUUUAA